GAGGAAAUUUCCUCUGUAUUGUGUACAUACAUAAAGUUGAAUUGUGGCAAAAUACACGUGAAGGUACGUUCACAAUGAUUGUCAAGAACGAAUUUAUUUAGGAAAGCACAACUUUCAGCCAAUAGCAAAAUGUAUUCCAUGCUCUUCUAAGCGUUCGUGAUUGGUUGUUCUAAUGAAUCUCACGAAUUUCCCGCUUUUAGAAUGCUUCAGAAGCGUAAUGGAACAUUUCACGAAUAUAAAUAAUAUAUUGUGCGUUGUGUCUUGUUUGUUUUAUUGUAAUUUAAGGUAAUUUUGUGUGAUCUUUGUUAAUACGAUUUGGAUAAUUUUAUUCAUCGAUUAAAAGUGUGCCUUAGAAAAAUGUUAGAUAUACCGUGAAACAGUUGUGAAAAGAUUUAUUAAAGAUCUUUGUGAAGACGUAUGCUGCAAUUAACAAUUUUUAGUGAAGUGAUGUGAAAUUUAGCAUAUUAAGGAGUGUUAUACAUAGAUUAUUUUAAGACAUACUUUCAAUUCUUGUUUUAUGUUUCGUUCAGAAAUUAUCAGUUACUGUGAUCGUAGAACGUAGUAAUGUCAUAAAAAAAUAAGGUUAGGUACGAAUUGUAAAUUGUAGAUACAUUAUAAUCCCUUAGUAUAUUACAUCGUUUAUAUGAUAAAAGUGUUUAAUUAAAUCAAUGAAAUCGAAGAAAACUUAUAAUGCAGGUGGUUUAAGAACACUUUCCUGCAAGAAUUUGACAAUUUGUGCAUCGUUCAGUGUACGUACUAGGCACACAUCUCUAAUAUCUUCGUGAUAUGUUUCUUCCUUGGCCACUACAAGAAAUAUAAAAAUGGCAGAUCGAGAUUAUGAUAUGGGCCCAGCUACCGAACUGAUGGUAAAUGAUUUUGAUGAUGAGCGGACUCUAGACGAAGAAGAAGCAUUAGAAGGUAGUGAAGAUUCUCACAACGAGUUGUCCAACUUGCAAAAGGAAGGUGAUAUGCCACUAAAAGAUCUGCUUGCGAUGUAUGGAUACGGGGAUCCGUCAACGGAAAACUCGAACAGUUCGGAUCGAUUGUUGAUUCCAUCUGGAAACGGUGACCCAGAAGUUGAGGGCCAGUAUUCGGAUAAAGGAGAUAAUGACGCAGACGACGAUGAGGACGACGAUGAAGCAGAUACAACCAGUAACGAGCCGGACCUUAAGCAAUUUUAUACAGAAAUGUUGGUAAAAGGAAAGGAUUCUACGUCUCUGGUGUCGGGAUCAACGAUGAAAGGGAGUAAUGCGGGCAACGUAGUUACUGGGGACAAUAGUAGGCGUUAUAGAAUCCACGAUGACGAUGAUGACGACGAAGAAGGUGAAACUGAGGAAUGUUCCAUGAUCGAUGGUUGUAGUAACAGUGAGAACACGAGAACGGCAUCAACGAUGAGUGGUACCGGUACUGCUAAGUGCGGUGGUAUAACCGCGCUUGCUGGCUGUACGACAAAUGAUAAUACCGUCUGCGGAGUGGAAAGUGGUGUGAGCAGUGGUACAGUAGAUUGCGGAGAAGAUGGAAUAGUUAGUGGUGCUAUAGGCAGCGCUACGUCAAGAUUAUUGCGAAGUGUUUCACGACCGCAGAGCGAAGAAGAGGAAGACGAUUGUGAUUAUAGUCCAGAUGAGGAAGAAUGGAAGAAGACAAUCAUGGUUGGUAUUAAUUAUCAAGCGGCUAUACCAGAAGGUCUUUGCCAUUACGAUGACGCCUUACCAUACGAAAACGAGGAUAAGAUGUUAUGGGAUCCAAGUCACAUACCUGAGGAACAGACUGAAGAGUUUCUCGAACGAGCACAGUUGCCAGCUGUGAAAGGUGGCUCUCUACCUACAGGAUCUCAUAUCAGAGACGACGAACAAGCUUUAUACCUAUUAUUACAAUGCGGUUACAAUCUCGAAGAGGCACUGAGAAGACGCAGAAUGAAUGUCGUGCCGCCAACAGAUGCAGUUAGUCUUUGGUCAGAGGAAGAGUGUCACAAUUUCGAAUCUGGAAUGCGAAUAUGGAACAAAGAUUUCCAUCUCAUACAGAAGAAUAAGGUUCGAACGCGAUCCGUUGGCGAACUGGUGCAAUUUUAUUACCUUUGGAAGAAAACGGAACGUCACGAUAUAUUUACUUACAAGGCUCGCAUGGAAAAGAGGAAGUACGCUUUACAUCCUGGCAUCACGGACUAUAUGGACCGAUUCCUGGAGGAGCAGGAGGGUGUUCGUGACCGUAGUAGUUCACCGAACGUUCAUUGCCUAUUGUAUGGUGAUGCGAAAAGGCAAAGAACGACGGCUACCGCACCGAACAACGAGGAAGCAAAGUCGGAACCGUGGGACGGUGCAACCAUUGAUCCUUUGGCAGACAUGAAUGGACCAACACCAGGUCCUCCACCACCACCGUUUCCUCCACCACCACCACCUGCGCCGACCACCGCGAUCGUAUCACCUUCAAGUUCUGUCGCAACCACAUUGUCAACUCCUAUAUAUUGUACCACAUCGACACGUCAUUCCGAUAGCUCACCGUCCGACUCUAGUUAUGCCAAUCCGCAUCCGUGGUCGAAUUUGACAUCACGCAGUCACGUUACUUCCAACAUCGGGACGACGGUUACAAUAAACACAACAACAACAACCAGUACGGUUCCAACGGUCACGGUCCCUGGUAUUACGAGUACAGCUACAACCACCUCUUCUGUCAUUUCCAGUAACAAUUUUUACAAUUCACGAGUGACGCCGAGAAACAACAACGUACACGAUUCACCAUCACCGGAGAACAUUUUACCUCAUCUGCCCCCUUAGCGUCGAAUCCGACCUUCAGGUUUUCAGCCUGGAAGGCGUCCGAUGUCUGUGCGCGAUAUGUUCUACUUAACGCUCGCGUCAUCACUAUCAUCGUAACGUAUAAUAUUCGUUAAUAUCACGGAUUAUAUUUUUAUACUGUAUCGUAAUAUAAUUGUCGAUUGCUAUAGGGGAAAUAAGAGAAAUUGUUCGCGAAACCGAAAUUAAAAGAAAUAAUAUAGCAAUGAUUAAUCGGAGGGAACAGUUGAACAGAGAGUACAUGACACGUGAAUGCAAAAAUAACUAGAGCUUUUCCAUUUUCUGCUUUUCUGUCUUGCGAUAGCUAUCUAUUGUUCCUGUAGACAAAGAUUAUAAUGAAACACGAGUUCAAAUUGUCGAAAUUUCCAGAGUUAGAAAUAAUUAAGUGUUAUCCAACUGGAAAAAUAAUGAAUUACAUUCACAGACUUGUAGCACGAAUAAAAGAUAAUUCCGCUCUUGUUUCAAGCACAUGUCCGAUUGCUAGUACUACUAACGAUAAGUGUACAAGAAACAAAAAUGCGAUUUAAGAUUCCGGCAAUUUUUCCAAAUGAUUAAAUUAAACGAAAUUCGAUGAAAAUUGUAUUGUCUCCUUUUCGUAUCUUCAUCAAAUUUUAAAUAGCGUAUUACCCUCGCACCUAAUUUUUUAUGGUUUAGAUAUACUUAAAAUGCAGGAUUAUAAUAAAAAAUACAUUACUUUA